AUGGCCCUCGUGGAUGCAUCUGUGGGAGACAUUCCCUUUUCGAAUCCUAGAUAUGUCCCCGAAUCCACCCAGGGUACUCCCGACUUGAAGGGCCCAACUACCGUGACAGUGGACAAGGCGGUCGAUACUUCACCGGAGGAAAAGAGUUCCACGUUCCAGUUGGAGGAGCAUCCAAUUGAUGAAGUGAAGCCCAUCAAGGUAGGCAUUAUCGGAGCCGGCCUGGCAGGCAUUACAGCAGGAGUGAUGCUCCCAGCGAAACUGCCCGGACUUGAUCUGCGAAUCUAUGAUAAAAAUGCUGAUGUGGGCGGCACAUGGUUUGAGAAUACAUACCCUGGCGUUCGUUGUGAUAUUCCCGCACAUGCCUACCAGUCCAGCAUUUCGCCGAAUACGCAAUGGACCGAGGAGUUUGCCCAGGGAAAAGAGAUCAGAGACUACUGGCAGGGGGUCGCACGAAAGCACAAUGUCUAUCGAUAUCUACGUGCAGGGCAGAAGGUACAAAAGGCUGAAUGGAAGUCCCAGAAAGGGAAGUGGAAAGUCACCAUUGAGCACGUUGAUGGCUCGAAAAUAUAUGAAGAGGAAAUGGACAUCGUGAUCAAUGCCAUAGGCCAUUUCAAUGCCUGGAAACUGCCCGACUACGAGGGCAUCAACAACUACAAAGGAGGUCUAUUUCACUCUUCCAACUGGGAUCCAAGUGUUGACUUGAAAGGAAAGAGAGUCGCUCUCAUUGGCAACGGCGCGUCUGGCUUGCAGGUUCUCCCAUCAAUCCAGCCACUUGCCAGCCACGUCGACCACUACGCCCGGAACCCGACCUGGAUCGCAGAUUCUUUCAGCAGCGGGAACGUAGGAGUCCGCCGACUGGAGCCAAACCUAUUCUCAAAGUCCCAAUUGGAGACAUUCAAAGAUCCCAAAGCAUACCUGGAGUACCGACGCGAUGUCGAAACAGGCUACUUCCAACGCUUCGGCGCAAUCUUCAAAGACACGCCAGAUAACCACGCCCUAAAGGAGAAAUGGACGAACCUAAUGCUGCAACGCAUAAAAGACAAACCCGAAUUAGGAGAAAAGAUCAUCCCAGACUUCCCACCCAACUGCCGCCGCCCAACACCAGGACCGGGCUACCUCGAAGCCCUAUCCCAACCAAACGUCGACUACAUCCAAACCACGAUCAAAAACUUCACGCCAACAGGCAUAGUCACAGAAGACGGCAUAGAAAGAAAAGUGGACAUAACAAUCUGCGCAACAGGAGCAAACAUAGACCACGCACCCCCAUUCUCAAUAAUAGCCAACGGCCUCGACCUAAAAGCCGCCUGGAAACACGACGGCCACUUCGGCUUCCCAUACUCCUACCUGGGCUUCGCAACACCGGGUUUCCCAAACCUCCUCUGGCUAGGCGGGCCUUAUUCCUCAGGCCACAGCGGGACAGUACCAAACAGCAUCGAAAACCAAGUAACAUACAUCGCCAAAGUCCUUCGCAAAAUACGCAGCCAGGGCAUCAAAUGCAUGGCGCCAUCUAAAGCUGCCACAGACGAUUUCGUCGAAUACUGCGAUAACUUCUAUCCGCGGACUGUGUGGUCUGCGAAUUGUAGUUCGUGGUAUAAUGGUGGCAAACCAGGUUCCCGGAUUCAUGGAUUAUUCCCUGGUAGUGCAUCGCAUGCGAAUUAUCUUCGACGGGAUCCGCGCUGGGAGGACUGGGAAUAUUCUUAUGGCAAUACUAGUGGGAAUCGGUUUGCUUGGUUUGGGAAUGGGUGGACUUCUAAGGAGAUUACGCCUGGUGCUGACUUGACGCCUCAUUUGAGAUUGCCCGAGGAGAUUGAUUUGAGGUCUUAUAUGGAGGGUUGGUGGGAUGUGUAA